AUGGCGGCAAUGGCGGUCGGCGGGGUGGCGGCUUUGGGGCCACCAGGGAGGCCACACGCCACCGUGCGCUGGCCAGGAAGGACAGGCCGAGGAUGCGGCGGAAGUGCUCAGUUUCCGCCGUACUCAGAAGAGAAAUACCGGCCAGCACUACGAGACGCUCCGAACGAUCCAGAAGCCAAUAAUCCAGAAGCCAGUAAUCCAGAAGUCAGUCAAGUCCACGAAAUCUUGGCUUCUCACCGGGUUCGCAUAAAGCAGCUUGAAGUUGACCAGGUCCGAAUCAAACGCCAGCUUGACGAAGUCGACGACAGGGAUAAAGUCAACAACUCUGGGCUCAUGAGACAUUCCCCCGGGUUCUGCUGUUGGUUCUGCUUAUACCCGGAGACACAGUUUCAUAAUUUGAGUACGGGCCGGGAGUUUGUCGAGGUUUGCAACGGAUCGGUCCCCUCUGUCUAUGGCACGACCAGUUUUGAAGAUAACAGUAUGCCUCAAGAUGAUGAGGACAAAGGCAAUCUACUAUUUUCGAUGGACUUGUCGGAUAUACACAGUACGAUACCACUCGCUCUGGAUGGAGAGCUAGCCUCAGAAGGCUAG